AAGGCAUCCACACACACACACACACACACCCCCGCGCGCGUACACAAACUGGGUCUUUAGGCUGUCACUGAAAGGAGACGAGAGGCAAGCAGAGGAAAUAAAUGCCAUAGCAUGUUGUGGGUGAGAGCAAAGGGGCUUGACAGAGUUCAGAGUUCUUGACCCACUUGCAGAUAAAGGAGAGAAUGGCAAAUAGGUCACUGUUGAGUGCAAGUUUGUGCACAGAGAAAUAGCUGCUUGUUUAAACAAAGUUUUUCCUUUCCACCACGCUAACUUUUUAAACUCUGGCCAUUUAAGCUCAUUGUGCACGGGGGUUAUUUUUAUGCUGUUAAGAUGCACUUUUCUUUGAAUGUUUUUUUACCUACUGCUGUGAUUAAAUUGCUCUGCUGCUAUUAUUAGUAGAGUGAAAAGAUGAAGACAGUCGCACAUCCUGUACUGCUGCUUCUUUAAGGCUGUUAAACCAACUCCACAAAAACCACCAUAUCAGAUGUUUUCUAGACUGUAGCAGCGCGACCACGCUGAUCGCUGACAGGGUACAGGUGAGCAGUUGAGCAACAGCUUAUUUGAGAAUCAUCAGUAAGUGGCAUCUCUUCUUGCUGACAAAGAGAAUAUGUGACACAUCUCGUGACAGCUGAUUUUCGCUUGUAGGGGAAGCUGUCACAGCGAAGUCCAUGCAAUAUUAAAAUAGCACAUAAGCUCUGGAAACUUUCUCCUGGAGAACUUAUGUUCUUGUGGCUUGAUUUCAGGUUUUCUCAGCCAGCUGCACCACGGUCAAUCUCAUGACAUGUUUUCUGCGCAGUCCAUUCACCGACUUCAUCACCAGUAUCUUGUUAAAAGCAGAUUCUAAUCUUGUCUGCCGUGUAAUGCUUUCUUGCGGCUCGUGGUUUAAAGACUUCAUAGCAACCCUCGGCUGCUUUGCCCGAUAACCAGAUGCAUAUUUUUUGGCUUUGCAUACUUGCUGAACUCGUUUUUUAAGUGUGUGGGCACGGAGAGGGUACAAGCAGAGCGCAGUACACGAAGACGCCCAAGUGCUGGGAAAGUGUUUGGAAUGUUUCUCCGAAGGUGACAGGCGAUAUUUUCUAUUUAGCCCAGUGUUACAAACAAAUGCAUGUAUGUAUUAGUUACAGUAAAUGUUGUGUUGAUGUUGUGCUGUGUUAUUUCUUAGGUACUACUGUGUCAGAAAAGUAUAGUUAUUUCAAGAGAAUUCCAGCAAGAGGUUAAACUAGGACGCCAUAUGUGUUUGUAUGGGUGUGUGCACGCAUGCGUGUGCGUCUGUGUUACCAACAAUAGACUCCAGGGGAAUUGCAGGGGACUUCAGUGGCUGUGGGCAGGUCCAAGACACCACCCAUCAAUUUGGCGGUGAGGCUGAAUACAGUUUGAUAUUCCUGUAUGUUUGUGCCUACACCACUAUGGCCCAAAACUAGCAGGUUCAGACAGACUGAGAAGACAGGUUGCGUGAUGUCGCCGUGGCAGUUUGAGGGUUCGUUUCGGAGUGAAAUGUUGGCUGUGUACUGUACAUCGCAUGUAACAGUCAUUGUGUUUGUUGAGUUUUACUUUUUUUUUUCUCCAUGUGGUCACAUAAUCUCUAGUAUCUAGUGUCACUCGUGUUGAUAUUUUCUUGUCGUGCUGUGUGCUAAACUGUUUCUCUGCCCCAUCUCUAUACAUGCUCUUUUUAUAUGCGUUUGCACAUUUAUCUCCAGUUCAUAUUGUUUGGUUAGCCUCCUCCAUGGUGAAUGCAGCUUCACUUCCCCCUAAUGUUUGGUUCCCCUGGUCAGCUGCUUAGUAUACCACAGCUUCCAGCCUGGCUAGACAGACAGACCCCUCUCUGUUGUUUUUCUGUUGUUGUGCUGAAGUCUAGGGGGAGUAAAGGGGCUUCUUCUGUUCUCUUCUGGGACAUUUAUUAUGGAGAGGCCAACACAACCUGAUCAAAUUAGAGUGGGAGAGUAAAAGGCUGAGAUGUUUUUCAGAGUGGGGGGGGGGUGAAGCUAGACUUGAAUUUCCACACUUGGGGAGUUAAAUGUUUUGUUAAGCAAGGGUUUUUCAAUAUCAAGUAAAAACCAUGGAAUAGUCGAAGGCGGCAGGCUUCUGUCAACACUUUAAUUUAUUGUGAAGUUGAUAUUAAGAACUGUAGGACAGAGUCCAAAGGCUCAUUUUUAAUUAAGCAGAAAGGCCAAGUGAUCAGGAAGGAGGAUAUGAGACCAAACUGACGCUGUCCGCACGUUGAUUUAGAGAAUCGGUUUGCAAUGAAACAAGAGAGACGAUGGGUGGGAUGCAUUAGGGGAUGGUGAGACUCGGGAGGGUGGGUUGGUCUGCGUUGCUUUGCCUCCUCAGCAGUGGAAAGGGGAAGUGGGUGAUGUGGUGGAUACUAUGCAGUGCAGACUCUGAGACAGAGAUGGAGCAAUGAUGAGAUGAGAGCGACAGAUGAGAGGAAGGGGGAGGCGGUGGUGUGUGCGUGGAGGGGGGGUCAGACAGUAGGGACAGAGAGAUCGAGCAAGCAGAGAGCUGGUCAUCUGAUAACAGAGCGGGUUCUGUUACACGCCUGCAACAGACUCACAGGAAGUCCUCUUUCCCCGUUGGACUGCGCAUGCACAGAGCGAUGCAGCCGGGGCAUGUUGGGCCUGCGGACCGACCGAUUGGCCAGCUCAAGUUGUGCCGGACGACGCAGUGUAGGGGUGUAGUGCGGUUUCUGAAGGCACGUCUUAGAUUUUCAUACACUUCCUGGUUGGCAGCAUGGAAGUGUCAAACUAGGUUACUCACACUAAAAGGAACUCAGACUGUGGAUGUGGUUUUAUUAUGCUGCAGCCUGAGAGAAGCUAGUCUCCCUACCAUGUUUUAUAAUUCUGAUCAGCGGCACAAAAUUGUCAUCAAAACCACAAAAAUGUAACUGGCUUUAAAGAAUUGUUGAAGUUAAAGCUUUACUUGUAAAAAAAAAAAAAAAAAAUGUGAAAGAUUUGAUUAUCUACCAGCGUGGUAUUUUCUUUUCUACAUUUAGUGACCACAAAACAAGAUUUGUAGUGCUUGCAACAGUGUUUUAUUUAAGAAGGUUUAUUUAGACUGCUACUUCAGGAGUUUAAACUACAUCAGAACAUCAUUUACAUAUGCUUUAAGUAAAAUGCUGUCUAAUAAGAGAAGAUGUCCAGGUGCAAAAAGAAAGAUACUUCUGUUAUUGUAUGCAUUGCGAGAGCAGUCAUUUCGAUGUGUCAUGCUAAAGUGAAUCACAGUUUUGUUUUUAUUUGUUUGUGUGUUUAGUAGGCUGUGGGUCUGAGUACUACAGUGCAAACGGUCAGGAAAAUAAAACCAUGCAAAUUCAGAACAGUUUGAGGGCUUCUGCACUUCAUUGACUGCAGCUACAUGUCUCUCUUCUGGAGCUGUACGGCAGCACGAACACUCUUUAAGGAAAUCAUAAAUCCCCCUGCUGGCUUCCUCAAAUUAAACUUUGCCCCACUUGUGGGUGGUUACCUUUCCACUUAUUGUAACAGGUUAUACCAGGUAACCGAAUGAGAUCUCUUGAGUUUAUCAUUGACAUCUGAGCCGGAUUCCUGGGCCUCCAUGUGCUCAUGAGUUAUGAGCGAGCUUGUAAGUUUAACGCCCUGCCUCACCCACCACCUUUUCACUGGCUUUGUGUCUAUGUUUUGGCAGUGCUUCCAUGGUUAGUUUCUAGUGAAAGCUGCCAGGCCUAGGCCAGCCCUCGCAGCUUCAGUUUUAUCAGUUGCUUACUCUCUUCCUGCUUCGCUCCCAAUAUGACCAAUCAGGUUUCCUUCCACUGCUGGCAGCAAUGAGUCACUUAGCUGUGGCACUUGAUCAAAAUCCACUUUUCCUAGGAACUGCCACCCCCCUCCUCAUUCCAGUUAUCUUGCGAUGUCCUCUUUGUCCCACCUUGAACUUUAUUGACCUGAGUAAAGUGAUUCCCUUGGUUGUUGCCAUAGAGGCAAAAACAGUUGAGUUAGUUUGUGAAAUAAGGGCAAGGGAGAAAGAGAUAUGAUUUUUUUUUUUUAAAGUGUUAUGGAAGAAUAGACGGGGCCAUAGGGCCAGCCAGAUGCAAAGAUUUUUCACGCUUUCAUUUCUGGAGCCGCAGUUUCCUCGAGUCUUUAUACAAACACUUGAGGUCCUAAUAAAUGAGUUACUUGGAUAGCGAAUGAGAUGGUGAAUGCAUAAAGUCUUCACCUGAGUAAAAUUGAGAAAUAAUUGUUCUCUUGUAAAAAGUCUAGGACUACAAACAGAUAAAAUUAAUAAUUUUCCUGCAUUUCACUUUUAAAACAUGGCUGCUACAUGCUCCAUUAGCAUUUAUAGUUUAAGGGCUCUUUAAUUCACUCAUGUUUGUUCUGCUCGUUCUCUUUUAAAGGCAGAUUUCUCAGCACUUUUGAGUUGUGUAAUAUUUUUAUGAGCCAAUUACAAAUUUUCAUGUUUUUCAAGUUUAAGAAAGAGGUAACUGAAAGUUUUGAAUAACAGACAGAUACUGAUGUGGUAUUCGCUGUGAAAUUUGGUUGACGGUUGUUUUUCGGUUGCUUUUUUGUUGUUGUGUGCAUUAGGCAAUAUAUUUUCUCAUCUAAAAACCACCUGAGGUUGCGCAGACUGUUUCUUUGUAUUUUGGAAUGAGUGGUAUGUUUCACAGAUGAUGUGUUUCGGCCAAAAUACUACUGCUUUUACUAAAUACCCGCGCUUCCCGUCAUAACGUGUUUGUCUGCAAGUGAGACUAAAUUCGGGUACAACUGUCUUGGCAAAGAUAUUUAAUGCAUAGGUCACUGCACAGUCAAUCGAAACAACAGCAAAACAGAAAGUCAAAAACGACCGUUGUGUGCAGAUAUAUGGGAAGGGGCAGAUUACAGAUGAAAUGAAGGUGAUGAGGGCGGGGAAGGGAUGGGUAGGUCCUAUUUUAAAGGACUUGUUUGACUUGCAAAGCAGGCCUGGGUGCUCAUGGACUGAGCUUUGAGAGGAGGCCCUACCCUGGAAGUGGAGCACCAGGGACACAGACAGCUGCUGCGCUGCUUUGUGCCGGGCUGUGGGCCUUGUCACCCACAGGCAUGAAUUAGUGAUAAGGAAUGUUUCAAGCCAUGAGGAGGUGUCAGGAUCAGAUAGGCAGACGGACAGACGGCAGGACGGAUACACGGGUGGGGGCUGUGCUAGGCGGCUCGGCGGCAGGCUGGUGGAAGAUGUCGUUAGGAGCCGGCGGGAGGGGCGGAAGGCGGCUCAGGGGGAUAGCAAGCAGUGGGGGUGGAGGAGGGAGAGGUGGAGCGGGAGAGGCGGAGGAAGGUCCUGUGGGGAUCCCUUUCCCUGAACACAGCGCAGACAUACUGGGCAGCCUGAACAAGCAGCGGCUCAGCGGGCUGCUGUGUGACGUGCUCCUGGUUUCCCAAGAUCGGGAGUUCCCAGCUCACCGCUCCGUCCUGGCGUCCUGCAGCACCUACUUCCACAAGCUCUUCACGUCAGGGGUAGCCGCCGACCAACAGAACAUCUACAACAUCGACUUUGUGACAGCGGAGGCUCUGGGAGCUUUGCUGGACUUUGCCUACACGGCCACGCUGACAGUCAGUCACAGCAGUGUGGCUGAGAUCCUUGCUGCUGCACGUCUCCUGGAAAUCCCACCUGUCCAGGAUGUCUGUACACACCUGCUGGACACCAAAGUGCUCUCCCCGCCGGCGGGCAGUGAGCAAAAAGAUGAGGGUGAAGAUGAGGAUGGGAAAGGCAAAGGAGGAAGGGAGCAGGGGAACCGGGUGCGGGCCCGGGAGUAUCUGGAGUACUUCCAGAGAGGGGCGCAUUGGAGCAGCAGCUGCAGCACGCCGGAGCUCAGGGACCUGCCCACCGCACACCUGCACUUUAAUCACGGUAACGGGGGCACCCCCAGCAACGGGGCCCCUGUUGGCCCCAGCGAGUACUACUCCCCCUUGGCCCUCGCCUUGUCCCAGGUCCCUAAACAGGAACCAGAGGAAGAAGACGACGAUGAGGAUGAAGAUGAGGAUGGGGACGCGGUGCAGGGUAACGGAGGAACCCUGGGGUCCUCAUACUACCCUCCGUCCCAAAACGGACACUUCUACCUCCCUCACAAUUCUAGGCUGGGGCAGGAGCCCGAAACGGAGGACGCUUGUAGGGAGGCGAUGAUAACGGAGAGGGGUUCAGCAAGUGCCCUCCUGCAGCAGAUGAUGGACUCCAUCGAGAGGCAGAAGGAGCAUGCUACGACCGGUGAGGACCAGGGAGAUGGCGAUGACCCUGACAUGGAAUUUUACUUGAAUUAUUUUAGCAGUACACAGCACGAAGAUACAGCGUCAUCCGCUGUAACGCAGGGAGUGCCAUCACUCUGGUUAUCAAGAGGCAGUACAGCCCAAGACAGAGUAGGAGCAGAGAGGGGGGUCGGAGAGAGAGCCAGCGGGGGUGGAGGAGAACGGAAGAUGCGCUCCAAGGCCUUCCAGAAGUGCCCCAUAUGCUCCAAGGUCAUUCAAGGGGCAGGCAAGCUCCCGCGUCACAUCAGAACGCACACGGGAGAGAAACCCUACGAAUGCGCCAUCUGCAAAGUGCGCUUUACCAGGCAGGACAAGCUCAAGGUUCAUAUGCGGAAGCAUACAGGAGAGAAGCCUUACCUGUGUACACAAUGUGGAGCUGCCUUUGCUCACAACUACGACCUGAAGAACCACAUGCGUGUACACACCGGCCUGCGCCCCUAUCAGUGCUCGAGCUGCUUUAAGACUUUUGUGCGCUCGGAUCACCUGCACCGCCACCUCAAGAAGGACGGCUGCAACGGCAUCCCCUCCCGUCGAGGCCGGAAACCUCGCGUGAGAGAGCCAGGGCUCCUCGAGGCCCCCAUGGGCCUGCUUAGCCCCGGAUCCGACACCGGCCCCGGGUCUCAUACCAUCAGGGGAAGGCGGCGAUCGGAGUCGACCUCGGCAGCGGAGGUGGAGGUUGCUGCUGGAGCACAUGCACACAGUCCUCAGCUGCAGGAGCUAGCAGGGGAGGCAGGGCCCUGAGACUGCAGGGAAGACAAAGGACACUGCUGGACACCAUAGUCACUCUGCACCGCCUGUGAGACAGGCCAAUGAACAGAGAGGAGUAAAAGAUGCAAAGGCAAUUGAAAAAAACUACAAAAAAAAAACUACAACAAACAACUAACUAUUCCUCUAUAAACCAAAUCAGGGUGUCACAAAAAUCUAAUCUUUAUAUUUCUUUCUCCUAUUACUUAGGACACGGCGUAGAAUUGCAAGCACUUAAGUUGGUUUAUUUGUUAAAGAGCAAAGAACGCUUCAAAUCAUGCACCCAUUACGUCCACUUUCUGGGUCAUUUCUUUCUUUGUAAUAAUAGGGUUUUUAUACAUAUGUGGCAUAUGUGCUUAGGCAAAUGUAUGAUAGAUACAAAGGAACUCUGAGCAACUAUGCAGUUGAUUUAGAUUUUUAUUGGUUUUGUCCUCACAGCCUUCAAGCUCUAAGAAAGGUGUCUGUCAAGCACCUUCUGGCUGCUGUACGGGUGAAGCGAGGACAAAUCCUCCCAAUGAAAACAACUCUUUUUCUAUUCUUUGCAGGUCUGAAAUGUACAGUUACCAUAGAAACACCAUUGCCACAAUAUGGCAUAUGCAAGGAAAACUCGCCACAGUUUUGAUGCAACAGUUUUUCUUCUCUAAAUGUUCCAGAAAGAAUGAGGCAGGGGUUUGAUUGAAGUGUUACUUACUCUCUAAAAUGCAUUUUAAGAAUCUAUGGCUUGUCUUACUGAAAAGCAAAUUCACUUUGAGUCAAAUCCACUUUAAUGGGGGCUCGCCAAUUGCAGGACUCGGGAAUACGAGGGGUGGAGGGUUUGUGUUUCUGAAGCACUACCAUUGUCAAUGUACGUGUUGGCUUUACUACGUGGCCUCUUAUCCCUCACAGCCCUGCAGUGUCAAUAUGUUUGUUCGCCCUUUUGAUUUUGUCUUAAUUUUUGUUUCUCAACAUUUUAUUUUUUUGACUGCUUUGGGUACUUGACACUUUAAUAUUGUAUACAUGUAUAUACAGCAGGUGGUGAUAUGACAUUGGCCCCUCUUAAUGCUGAGUUGUAGUUACCAAUCACAUUUUUUUUUCCUCGUAGGCUUGAUGUCAUAUUUCUCAGAGAGUGAAGCUUGUGGGUGAACAAAACAAACUGUAUGAAUGUUCGAUGAGAGAGGAAAAAAAAAAAAAAAGCAUUGAUUCACCCAUUUGUCCUAAACUUAACACUUGAUAUGUAAAGUUCCUGCCCAAAGGACGAGGGGGUCGAUUGAAUGAAUGUGCUUAACUUUUUGCAGUUUUUCGGAUUCUGUCCUUGUGUGACAAGGCGCGGGUAGCACUUAACCAACCGCAGGUUAAAGGAGCCUGAGUGAGAGAGUGACAAAGAGUACGAAGAGAUAGACGAGCACCUUUUUUUUUUCUAUGUUUGCACAGCUUUACUAAAGAUAUCCAACUGAGGGAGAGGUAAUAUUUAAAGGAAGCGGGCUGAUGUGCGAGGAGGUUUAUGCUUAUUCCAAUCUUUUUGCCCUGGGGACCACACAACCGUAAGGCAACCUGUAUGAUGAAGAGCAAUAAAUACCUGUCCAAGUUGGGAGGCCAAAUAGGAGCGCAGCUGCAGCUGGUUGAUGGGGGAGGGGAUCGAGGGAAGGGGAGGGGGAUCUCGCAAUGUCUGUUGCAUUCCAAAAAAUAAUCUCCCCCAGCUCAGCCACGUUUCCAGGCAGGAGGGGAUCAAAUCAGGCCUUUUCUCUCGCUCCCUCUCCCUCUGUAGUCCUCUAAUGCCCCCGAACCAGCCUGGAGGGGAUAUUAUUAUAUUAGAGCCUGGUGUUACUGUGGGGAGGACGCCUGGUGCUGGCAGUUUAGUGUGCGACUGUGUUUGCGUGUGUGUGUGCGUGGCAGCCAGGGUCCCUCUGGCCACAUCAUCAGCGUGUGUGAGUCAGCCACAGCCUGUUCAAACAUGCACCCUGAGCUGCCAGCCCCAAUACACUUUGUCUCGCUAACACACACACAUGCUCACUGGGUCCAGGUAUCCUGUAGAGAAGGGGAAAACACCAGAGCUGACAUAUGUGUUUGAAUAUUGUCAGCGACUCCAUACGUUUGGAUUUGUCCGUCUUAAACAAUAAUAAACUCCAGAAUCCAACUUUAGUUUCCAUACGAGCACAUUGAGCCUUUUGCGUUAAGAGAACAUGCAUGUGAUGUAGAGUGCCCCCCCCCCCUCCCCCAGCCCACCCUGUAAUUUCUGCAGUAGUGCUUUUUUUAUUUUUUUUUCAACUAUCAGUCCUUUUGCACGUUGGAUGGGAAGAGGCAGGUCAUGAUUGCACUUUGUUACUGAGGAGGGCACUUUGGUCAACGAAACGGGUACUUUGAAACAAACCAGUUGCAAAUGAGAUCAGCCUUUUCCUUCAGUGCGUGAUGGUGAAGUCGAGCUCCUUCGCUGGUUUCGUUCAGGUUUUGACAACAAGCUGCCAAAAAAGAAAAGAGGAGACGAGUGUCGAUCUCUACAAGAGAAGCCAGGCAGGUCCACACACACAAAAAGAGUAAAUCAAUCCAUGUAACUGAAUGCACUUGAAUUUAGUUGUAAAAAAUCUAGUGAUUGGUUUUUUUUUUUUUUUUUUUUUUUUUUUUUUUUUCGUCUUAAUGUAAAGUAAGGGGAUAGAAGGAGGAGGUAGACAAGUGGAAAGAGCGCUGUGUGCAUGCAUACAUGCAUUUUUAUUAUUUUAUUUUUUUUUGCAUGCAUGUGCACAAGCAUGCAUUGCUGGCUGGCAGGCUGAAGGGUCUCAGGACAACGCUGGAUAAACAAACUUGGUGUCUACCCCAUCUGUUCACCAGCUACUCUAAAAUCUACAUGUGUUCUUGGAGGAACUGCAGUGAUAAUAGGUCCGCGGCACCACAGGAGCGAAAAUACCAUAUUGUAGAACAACACAUUGGACAGUUGCUUGUUUACUUCACGGCUCUCUUGGUGCAGAUUUGCAUAACUCUUUGUUUACCCUUGUUGGCCAUUGUCAAGGUUUGGCCAGGUCUUGAGAGUUAGUUUCUAUUUUUGUUGUUUCGUUAUGAUAAAGAUGGGGUUAAUUAUUGCACAGUUUGACUCCUGCAGGCAGACCGAUGUAAGCGGGGCAGUCUAAUGUCUUGUGAUCUUCAUGUAUCGUGGUACUUGGCUUGGACUGCCUAAACCCACUUAUCUUGACGUGGCAGAAGUUUUACCUGUCAAGACCCGUGGGUCAUCUUAAACACAAUGUUUCAUUGGACCUUAAUGUUUCCCCAAAUGUCUUAUGUUGUUUGUUGAUUAACCAAAGUUUUUUGCCCUCCAUCUUAGUCUACUGUAAACAAGAGAUAUUGAAAGUAUGUCUAUAAUUUUUCCAGGCUGGGCCUCCCUGACUAAGCCACACACAGAUGCCCUUCUCUGGAAUACAUAUGCAGAAAUGUGUGUCUACUUACUUGAGUUUGCUUUCUCUCACUCUUUGUAUCCUUGUGGAAAAUAGAAUUUGAGGUGUAAGGAUGUAUAGCCUUUUGUUUCUGUCUACACUCGUUUUUCUUAAAAUAACGUGUUGUGCUACAGCUAUUUUUUUUCUAAUAAUUGUACGUGGCCGUGCGUGUGGGUGUGUAUAUGCUAGUGUGAGUGUGCGCGUGCGUGUGUUGUGCGUGUGGUCAUGGUUUUGGGAUGUUGUGCCAGGAAGGUGGGGCUAAUGGGUGCUUGGGUGGGGUUAUGGAUAAAAGCCUGAUAGCACUGGAAGUGGUGCUUUAGCUGAAAGAGCAAAAGUUUGCACUAAUGUUAAAUGUCCUUGUCCUGCUUAUGGGAAAAGGACAGGGGACCUCAGAAAGGCCUGCGAGUUUCCAUGAGCACAGAGCAGUGUGGUUAAUACUCAGUGGUCUCAUUAAGAGUCCAUCCAACCCCUCCGUAGAAAUAAUCAUGUAUAGUAUAUUCAAAAUAUACAGACGUCCAGCAACAAUAAACACCAAAGGAGAAAAAAAAACUGCUUUCAUUUAAGUCACUGGGCAUUUUAAGCUACCAAUGUAAUGUUUGAUUAUUACUUUUACUGUUUAAUCUGAAGGCUCUUAAAAAGAGAUUUGGGAUUUUUUAUUUUUUUUUGUCUUUUUGAUAGAAGUCAAUCAUACAUGCUCUUUAUACAUUAAAUCUAAAUAUAGAAAAUUUAGGCAAGCAGCAAAUCUUCUCUGAAAAAACAAAAAAACCUACUCGUUCCUGAUGAUGGCUCAGAUGCAAUGUUUGACGAUGCCACAGAUACUCAUUCCAGUUCUUUGUCAUUCUGAGAUUUUUGUCUUAUGUUGAGUCCACUGACGGAUUAUCGAUCCUAAAAUCUGAUGUGUUUUUUUUUAAAUACUUUUGUUACUGCUGAAUUGGAUGAUUUCCAUUUACCUUCUGCUGUUUGAGCUGAGUUUAAAUGUUCUCUGGUUGAGACAGACGGUGACUUUGUGGCCUUGACUGGGCAGUGCUGAGCUCAUGGUGGUGUGUGUGUGUUUUCAGACGGUAAUGUCAUGCGGCGUGGGGCUGAGGCUCACUCCCACCAGGUGGAUUGUGCAGACACAAGGGCCACAGUGUGCCUUAUGUGGACAGGAAUAAAUUUUUUUUAAAAACUCUAUUUUUUUUUUUUUACCAUUUAAACACUUUUCUUGUAACAUUGAAACCAAAUUGUUAAAGCUGAUUGGCUCGUACUAAAACGAUAGUUAGUACUGAAUGAAUUGAUAUAUUAGUGUCUCUCUCUGCCUCCGUGGCUCCACAGCUGGUGUGUCCCCAGCCUCAGCCCCAGGCCAAGGUUACUCUGACACAGGCUGCACCAAGACAGUCUCAGAACUUCAUUGCAACUGUGUUUUGUUUUGUUUUUUCCUUUUCUUUCAAAUGGACCUUGAAAUGUUAUUUUUUUCUGUGCUAUUAUCAAAGACUUUUUGUAAAUCUAUCUGAGAAGGCCAUAAAACAAAGACAAUAACAAGCACGAUAACUGCAAAAAUCAAACAAAGCAGAAUGGGGUGACUGUUAAUAUGGUGAUAUGGCGACUCGUGGCAGCAGAAAGGGGGCUGUUUGCUUUGCUUCGUCAUUUUGCUGCACACCUGAUUUAUUUUUUUGCACGUUUUCCAUCAGGCUGUCGAAGCAGGGCAAGCUGAGCGCAGCAUAUGCAGUACGGCAGUAUGCACAGCGUGGCUCUGGCACUUACACAGACAGCCCUGGGUCCUUCAGAGAGGCAGGCUGCUGUCUGUUGGCUGCUCUCAGCCAAGCGGGGACAGUUUGCACUUGGAGUCUUUCUCUGUCUCUGGAGAUACAAAGGUUGGCAUACAGGGAGGAGCAAAUCCAGGUGGUAGGAGAGGGCUGAAUGUUGUUUUCAGGGAUGAGAGCAGGAAGCCCAGGUAACUGUUCAGUGUUGGUCCUCUACGCUGAUGGGAAAUACGUGGCCUAAGAAACAUAACACAAAAGAGGUCACCGCAGAGUUCACAUUGGGGAACUGCAACCAUCAGAAUGUUGCAUAUCUCUUUUGUCUCUAUGUAAGUACUACUCAGGUGGAAAAUUCACUGCUAUGCAUUGGGUUUCAGUGUCUGCUCAGUUGAUCGUAUGUCUAAUCAAACUCUGUGUUCUUGUUCUGUCUUUUCUUUCUUUGUCAUACAAAUAUUUACCGUAAUAAUUCCCAGAAAGGUACUGGCAUGAACAGUUCCCUCUUUGUAAAGUGGAUGCGACCAACCUGUUUCUCCAUCUAAUAUUGAUCCAGUGAAUUGUUAGUUGGAGGGAAGGAAGCCACUUGGGAUUCAGUCUUAUUAGUUGGACUGUAGCGUGCUUGAAAAGACAUGGGGUUGGAAAAGCACAGGGGAGGGGGGUUUGCGUGUUCUCUCACUUUCUUCUCCCAUCGCUCUCCCUCUCUGUGGACUCGUAGUCAACAUCUUUGCUGCCGACUGGCUUUUGAUCAAAGAUCACACACCCUCAGCAGGGGGAUUGGCAAGGGAGGGAGGUGUGGAUGAGGUAUGGAAGAGGAGACAUUUUCACUUGUUGGUAACGUAAACCAGUUUGGGAUACAUUCCAUAACUUCAUACUGUGAUUCCCACUUUUUAGCAAGGUCGUGCGUCUAAGGAGGGACAAGGAAGUGUUAGACAUUCUGCGGAUGGCUGUUUCUGUCCGUCUGUCUAGCCUCUUUAUCCCACUACUAUGUGACAGACAGACAUGUAGACAGAUAGUUUAAAAGGCCCCGGUGUAGCACUAUCAAGCUGCCUUUUAUCAGCUUCUGCGAUUGUAACAAAAGCACUUUGCGAAAGGCCAUCCUGAAAUUGUGUGCUUUUAUUUCAUCCUUAUCAAUAUUGUUUUGGUUAUUUUGUCCCUGUCUUUUUGUUUUCUCAAUGCAACUGAUUAUUUAAAUGCAAAAACUAUAUAAGAAAGAAAAAAAAAAACAAGAAAAACUUGAAUAUUUGGUAUCUACAAUGAAGAUGGCUGUCGCCUCAUCACAAACAAACACAUCUCUGUUAUAUGUACCUGUUUUGCAGCUUGUUGCAUAGUCACGCAUUGGUGAUGGUGGCGGGGGUACGGGACAAACCUCCCCCCCACCUGCUCUCUGUUCGCUGUCUGGGAUCUUUUGGGGAGAAAGGUGAUUUGAUUUAAUUUCUGGAGACUCUUUAUUGAAACAGAAACCUGUAUAACAGUUGCAAAGCUUUCUGAGAAGGCUCGCUGUGCUGAAUGUUAAACAUGCAGUGUCGUAUCUACUGCAGAAUCUCUUUGUCUGUUGGUAAAGGUUGGAUCUGGUAUCCAUAUUAAGCGUAAAUGAUUAUGAAAAACAGGACGAAAUGGUCAAAUAACCGUCAUUUCCAUUCUCAGAUCCGUACAGACGUACGUUUUGGCCUUAACAUCUACGACGAAUCAAGAUUACUGCAGUAGAGCGGAAAGAAUACUAUCGAUCAUAAUAAGCAUUCAUUAAAUUUAUAGUUCAGUAAAUGGUUUAACGUGGGAGAGAAGACAAAUAGGCUACUAUUUAUAGAUUGAGUUUAACUGUGAUUACUAUAAUUCCUUAUAGAGUUGUUUUGUUUUUUUUUCUUUUCUGAUGUACAUUUUAAAGUGACCCAGUUCUGGACAUUUCAGUGAAAAUCUACACUGAAUCACACGAAGCAGAAAACAGCUGCUCCACAUGUGUCUGUGUGUGUGUGUGUGUGCGCGCGGUGUUUUUUUUUUUCUUUCUUUCAUUCCUGUUGCUGGGCACAUGCAUCGCUCUGUGUAUCACAAAUUUAUCCCAGAGGUGGAAUACCUGCUCACUUCUACCAUUAACUCCAGUGACAGCGACGAGAACAUAUAAAUAGACAUAUUCAGAGUGCAGCAGAUGUUUUUCUCUACAUGAUUCAGUGUGGAUUUUUAUUCCAUAACCUCUUUUGUUUUUCUGCUCAUUGCUAAGAAAUCUGUCAGUGUGUAUCUGUUGGAAGCUGCAGGGUGAACUAUAGGUGAUUUUUUUUUUUUCUUCUUUCUUCAGAGAAUUUGCACUUUUUGGCAACACAAAGAAAUUGUACAUGAGACCACUAAAUCCACAGUCUAAACCAUAUAAUUCCAUUUUGUGUCUUUUAUUUGUUCUGUUCUUCUCCUUUUUUUUUUUUUUUUUUUUUUUUUUUUAAUAUAUCCAAAAAUGUCUGGCAUCUGGUUGUCUGGUUUAAAGAAUAUAAAAUCUUUCUAUUAAAAAUGAUGGUUGCAAA